CCUGCCCAGCGGCUCCGCCGGCCAGCGCGGCCCAGCGGGGCGGGACGAGCCCGGGCCCGGGGGUGGGGGGACCCCCGGACCCCCAGGAAAGACCCCCGGGGAAGUUGGGCGAAGCGGCCGGGCGCUCGGACUCCGGGACAGAGGCGGGUAGGACUGGCAAGGCGGGUGGGAGACCCCCCCCCCCCCCACCUUCUCCAAAUCGGGCCGCACACAGGGGUGCGGAUCCCGCAGACCCCGGGGUCCGCUCCCCCCCGUCGAGGCCGGCGAUGCCGAGAAGAUGAGCUGGCCGCAGCGGCCCGCGCAGUCCCGCACCUGUCCGGCCGCGCUCUGAGCCGCCCCUCGGUGCCCGGGCACCGCGGGCAGCCGCGAUGGAGGUGCAGCUGGGGCUGGGCAGAGUCCACCCUCGCCCCCCGCCCCCCAAAGCCUUCCGGGGGGCUUUCCAGAACCUGUUCCAGAGCGUGCGGGAGGUGUCCCAGAGCCCGGGGGCGCGAGGAGGCUCCAACGCCCCCCGUGCCCCGCCGCCGCCGCCGCCUCCACCGGCCGCCGGUGCCAGUCCUGCCCAGCAGGUCCGGACGGAGGGCUCCCCGGACGCGGCGGGCACCCACGCCGGCUACCUGUCGCUGGACGACGACGAGGACGACGAGGAGGAGGAGGAGGAGGAAGAGCGGGCACCCCGCAGGAGGGCCGCCGAGGGCCGCCCCGGGACUGGCACGGACGGGGACCCCUUGCCCCCCAACCCUCCUGCCGCUCCGGCCGGGGAUGACUCAGCCGUGCCCGGCGGGCUGGCCCUGCUGGGCCCCGGCUUCCCGGGCCUCCUCCUCCCGGGCGAGCAGGACGGGCCCGCCCGCCAGCCCGCCAAGGAGCCGGCCGCCGUCGGGUACCCGGGCACGGCGGCGGGCAUCUCGGACAGCGCCAAGGAGCUGUGCAGGGCCGUGUCGGUCAGCAUGGGCCUCGGGGGGGAGGCGCUGGACCACCUGAGCCCGGGCGACCAGCUGCGGGGCGACUGCAUGUUCGCCGCCCUCCUGGGCUCGCCCCCCGCCCGGCCCGCGCCCUGCCCGCCCGACGGCAAGGGGGGCCCCCCCGCACCGCCGCCGCCGCCGCCGCCGCCGGGCGACGACCCUGCCCACCACCCGACGGGCGACUACGGCGCCUACAAGGCCGGCUGUGCCAAGGGGCCCCCGGACGGGCCCGCCCCGGAGCUGCCCUCGCCCCUGGCCCUCUACAAGCCCGCUGCCCUGGACGAGGGGGCGGCCUUCGCCGGGCGCGACUACUACAACUUCCAGCUGGCACUGGCUGGGACGCCCCCGCACCCCCGGGUCAAGCUGGAGAGCCCGCUGGACUACGGCCCGGCCUGGGCCGCCCAGUGCCGCUACGGAGAGCUGGCCGGCCUGGCACACGGAGGGCCCGGAGCCGGCUCGCCCGCCGCCCCUCCUUCCACCUGGCACACCCUCUUCGCCGCCGACGAGGGCCAGUUCUACGGGCCGGUGGGCACCGGGGGCGAGCCCUGCCCCGGAGGGGCCGCCCCUUACCCCUACCCGCGCCCCGAGGGGGACUUGGCGCCCCCGGAGAUGUGGUACCCGGGGGGCGUCGUCGGCCGGAUGCCCUUCCCCGGCCCCGUCAAGAGCGAGCUGGCACCCUGGGCAGAGGGCUACCCGGGCCCCUACGGCGACGUGCGGCUGGAGGCGGCACGAGAGCAUGUGCUGCCCAUUGAUUACUACUUCCCGCCUCAGAAGACCUGCCUCAUCUGCGGAGACGAGGCCUCUGGCUGCCACUACGGAGCUCUGACCUGCGGCAGCUGCAAAGUGUUCUUCAAGAGGGCGGCCGAAGGGAAGCAGAAGUACCUGUGCGCCAGCCGUAACGACUGCACCAUUGACAAGUUCCGCAGGAAGAACUGCCCCUCCUGCCGCCUGCGCAAGUGUUACGAAGCUGGGAUGACCCUUGGAGCCCGCAAGCUGAAGAAGCUGGGCAGCCUGAAGCUGCAGGAGGAGGGCGAGGCGGCGGGCGGCAGCGGCGGCGGCCCCCCGGAGGAGCCGGGCCCCCCGCUUGGCCUGUCCCACAUGGACAGCUACGAGUGCCAGCCCAUCUUCCUCAACGUCCUGGAGGCCAUCGAGCCCGGCGUGGUCUGCGCCGGCCACGACAACAACCAGCCCGACUCCUUCGCCGUCCUGCUGACCAGCCUCAAUGAACUGGGAGAGCGGCAGCUCGUCCACAUCGUCAAGUGGGCCAAGGCCCUGCCCGGCUUCCGGAACCUGCACGUGGACGACCAGAUGUCCGUCAUCCAGUACUCGUGGAUGGGGCUCAUGGUGUUCGCCAUGGGUUGGCGUUCCUUCACCAACGUCAACUCCCGCAUGCUCUACUUUGCCCCCGACCUCGUGUUCAAUGAGUACCGCAUGCACAAGUCCCGGAUGUACAGCCAAUGCGUGCGGAUGCGUCACCUGUCGCAGGAGUUCGGGUGGCUGCAGAUCACCCCGCAGGAGUUCCUGUGCAUGAAGGCGCUGCUGCUCUUCAGCAUCAUUCCCGUGGACGGCCUGAAGAAUCAGAAGUUCUUUGACGAACUCCGGAUGAACUACAUAAAGGAACUCGAUCGUAUCAUCGCCUGCAAGAGAAAGAAUCCCACAUCCUGCUCCAGGAGAUUCUACCAACUCACCAAACUGCUGGACUCCGUGCAGCCGAUCGCCCGGGAGCUGCACCAGUUCACCUUCGACCUGCUCAUCAAGAGUCACAUGGUCAGCGUGGACUUCCCAGAAAUGAUGGCCGAGAUCAUCUCUGUACAGGUGCCCAAGAUCCUCUCUGGGAAGGUCAAGCCCAUCUACUUCCACGCGCAGUGAGGACCCCCGUCCCUUCCGGUCCCGCCCAGCCUUUCCCCACUGGGCCCGGCCUUGCCCUGCUCUCCUCUUCCCGGGGCAGGGCACCAGCGCCAGCCCAGAGUUGUGUCCUAGUCCUUCCUGCUGGUUCCUCCACGCCCCUCCUCAACCACACCCUCCCCCUCAGCCCCCCACCAUCUUCCUCUGCCCUUCUCUUCUGCCCCUCCUCCCUCCAGCUUGUGUGCCCAAUGCAGUCCCCACCCCUGUCAUCCCCUUAAUGGGCAGACACCCAGUUCCCCCUGCCCCUGGGUCCCCCCUCUGGGCGGACUGGACCUGCCCGCCCUCGGGCCGCUGGAGCCCGGGGCACAUCUGAAGCCUCCGCCUCACCCAUGGUGCUCCCACCCCGAGACUUCUCCCAGGAAUUGCCUGCCCCGCUUUCCCAUCCCCGCCCUGAAUCCCCCCUCCUUUGCCUCCUCUUCUCUCUCUUCCCUCUCCUCUUUAUCCUCCUCUCCCUCCACCUCCCUUCC